AUGCGGAAGGUGACGAGUCGCUUCACGCGGUGCAGGAAAGGGUGUCGGUGGCAGUAUGAGCAGGACGCGCGGCGGCAGGCGGAGUGCGAGCGCGAGUGCCGGGAGCGAGGGGAGAACGAGGACGAGGACGCGGACGCGCUCGGCGGCUCCGGGAGGGGCGAGUGCCGGCGCAGAUGCGCGCGCUGCUACAAGGACCAACCGUGUGCUGCCGCCACCGAGGACGACGGCAGCAACCGGUGCCCCUGCUCGUGUCGGACGCAGUGCGAGCGCCACCAGGACCAGGGCAGCCGCCGGGAGCAAGAGGGGGACGACGGCGACCUGUGCCCCUGCAGUUGCAGGACGCAGUGCGAGCGCCAUGGUGACCAGGGCAGCAGGCGGCGCUGCGUCGAGGCGUGUGAGCGCCGCCGGGAGCAGGAGGGGGAGGACUGCAAGCGCUGCGUCGAUGCGUGCAAGCGCCAUGGCGACCAGCACAGCAGGCGGCACUGCGUCGAGGAGUGCGAGCGCCGGGAGCAGGAGGAGGGCCGCGGCGGCUGCCGAGACGCCGGCUCCGACGAGGACAGCGGCCGCGGGACCGGUGCACGAGGAAGUGCCAGCGCUACAACGACUGGCCGGCGAGGCUGA